GAGUCUAUAAUUCAACAACCAUAACCAAAACUUUCUCAGAACCUUCUUAAUUAGUUAUUGGCAAUAACACUGAUACAAAACCACAUAUAAUUCAGUAAAGGAGUGCAGAAAUUUCAAGUGCGAUUAGUUUAGUUAAUGAUGAUGAUGAUGAUGGACUAUAGGUCUAUCUCUAUCUGUAUAAUUGUGGCGGUUUUGACGAUGAGUUUGUUGGCUUCACAUGGCGGUUGCAACGGUUUGCAUUCCUUCGGUUAUGACAUGCACCACUUGUUUUCCGAUCCGGUGAAGGGAAUUCUCGGUGUUGAUGAGUUUCCUCAGAAGGGAACUCGUCAAUACUACGCUGCUAUGGAACAAAGAGACCGGGUUUUCCGGGGACGGAGGCUCGCCGGCCAACACGAUACGCCGCUCACUUUCGCCGCCGGCAACGUUACUUACCAGAUUGACUCCUUUGGAUUUUUGCAUUUUGCCAAUGUUUCUGUUGGGACACCAGCUUUAUGGUUUUUGGUGGCAUUGGAUACCGGAAGUGACUUGUUCUGGUUACCUUGCAAUUGUACCAGCUGUGUCCAUGGUGUAAAGACAUCAAGUGGCAAGACACUUAAGUUUAAUAUCUAUGAUCUGAAAAGAUCUUCUACAAGCCAAAAUGUUCUGUGCAAUAGCAGCUUAUGUGAAGAAUCAAGUCAAUGCACUUCAUCGGGUAGCACUUGUCCAUACCAAGUUAAAUAUCUAUCAAAUGGUACUUCAACUACUGGAAUCUUGGUAGAGGAUGUUUUGCACUUAGUUACAGAUGAUGAUCAAACAAAAGAUGUUGACGCACCAAUUACAUUUGGCUGUGGCCAAGUUCAGACAGGAGCAUUUCUUGAUGGGGUAGCUCCAAAUGGUCUCUUUGGACUUGGAAUGAGCAAUAUAUCUGUUCCAAGCAUCUUGGCCAAACAAGGCCUUACUUCAAAUUCAUUUUCAAUGUGUUUUGGACUUGAUGGCCUUGGGAGAAUCACUUUUGGGGAUAAUACCAGCUUGGUCCAAGGAAAAACACCAUUUAACCUCAUGCAUUUGCAUCCAACUUACAACAUCACAAUUACCCAAAUCAUUUUGGGAGGAAAUGCUGCUGAUCUUGAGUUCCAUGCAAUAUUUGACUCUGGCACCUCAUUUACAUACCUAAAUGGCCCAGCUUAUACACAGAUUACUGAGAGUUUCAAUUCAAUGAUAAAGCAAAAACGGCAUUCAUCUAGUUCUGGCUCUGAUUCUGAUCUCCCCUUUGAUUUCUGUUAUAACAUAAGCCCGAAUCAGACUGUUGAAGUUCCCACUGUGAAUCUGACUAUGAAAGGUGGAGACAAUUAUUUUGUCAAGGACCCUAUAGUAACCGUUACUGGUUUGGAUGUUGAUUUACUUUGCUUGGGCGUCCUUAAAAGCGACAGUGUGAACAUCAUAGGACAGAACUUCAUGACUGGUUACCGCAUAAUCUUUGAUCGCGAGAACAUGGUUUUGAGUUGGAAAGAAUCUAACUGUUAUGAUGAUGAACUCUCCAACUUAAAUAUUAACCAGUCUCACUCUCCUGCAAUUUCUCCUGCUAUUGCUGUGAAUCCAGAAGCAACUUCAAACGUUUCUAAUAAUAACCCUGGAAGGCUGCAACCUAGUCACUCAUUUAAUUUAAGGCCCAGUUUUGUAUUUGUGAUGGCUCUUUUCUUUAUUCAGCAUUCAAUCUUGUAUCAUUCAAAAUAUUAGUAUUUUCUUUCACUGGAGAGUUUUUAGGUUUCUUUAGCCCACACAUACACACACCAUAUAUAGAAGCGUUAUUAUUACUCUGUCCAUUUUUGGGGGAUAUCUCAGUAGCCUUAUUGAUUUUGCUUAUGAGUUUGUAAAUAAUAUAGCAGCAUGUGCAGCUCAGUUGUAAACUGUACAAUUAAUAGAUAGCAAAGCAUAUAUAAUACACAGUACUUUUUAUGUUGAGUAAA